AGCACCGGAAACUGGGUCAACCACCGGAGGACUUCCGUCAACAAACACCACCUUCACAACCGGCGCUGUCGUUUCACAACAUACUGCAUUUAUUGUAGUGACGUCCAUUGGGAUUCAUGUUAGUUAGAAAAAAUGAUUUGCAUGAAGAAAAUCUUUUUUAAAAGUAGUCCCCUGAACGUCGGACGUGUGUUUGGCGCCUGCAGAUGUUUCCACGCAGAAACAGUCCGACGUGAGCGCAGCGGCCUCCCGAUAGUUCACCACGGCGGGUACGUGUGCGACCUCCCGCCGGGCCACAGGUUCCCAAUGGGCAAGUUCCCGCGCGUCCUGCGCUGCUUGAUCAACGACCAGGUCAUCACGGACAAACAGGUGUGGGUCCCUGAAAUUGCCUCUAAAGAUUUACUGAGCUGUGUGCACACUGAUGAAUACUUGACCAACUUCAUACAUGGGAGAGUAAAUGAGCAGGACCAAAAACGGACAGGUUUCUCCUGGAGUGAGGGCUUAGUGAGUCGCUGUCGAUACGAAACAGGUGGGACUGUUCUUGCCGCUCAAGUGGCUCUGCAGCGGGGGCUGGCCUGCAGCACAGCAGGAGGAACUCAUCAUGCUUUUCCAGGCUAUGGUUCAGGGUAUUGUCUCAUCAAUGACCUGGCAGUUGCAGCCAAAUACCUGAUGGGCAACUCGUCCCCAAAGAGGAAGGUUCUGAUUGUGGAUCUCGACGUGCAUCAGGGUGAUGGCACAGCUUUCAUAUUUAAAGAGGAACCGAGUGUGUUUACAUUCUCAGUGCAUUGUGGGAAAAACUUCCCCCUCCGUAAACAACAGAGUGACCUAGAUGUCAGCGUGGAGGAUGGGCUGGAAGACGAGGAGUACCUCUCCAUAGUGGAAGCCCACCUUCCCUGGCUCCUGGAGACCUUUCGUCCAGACCUGGUCCUGUAUGACGCAGGAGUCGACCCUCAUCGAGAGGAUGAGCUUGGGAGGCUCCGUCUGACUGACCGAGGGCUGUAUAAGAGAGAUCUGUAUGUGAUGAAGACCAUGGUGAGCAGAGGUGUUCCUGUCGCUGCCGUUAUCGGAGGAGGAUACUCGAGAGACAUCGACAAACUGGCCCUCAGACACUCCAUCGUCCACAGAGCAGCAACUCAGGUUUGGAGGGAGUUUGGGAUGUGAAACCUUUAUCCUCAAAGCCACUUAAUCUUUUGGAGCCAAUGACAGUUUUAAUAUUUUGUAAAAUAAAAAAUCCGAUGUGAACCACUUCUUUAUAUAUACAGAUUAUUUAUAUACUGUACAUGUAACAGCAUUGCAUUUCUAUCAAGAAUUAAUAAAAAGAUAUUGGCGGCAA